UUAACCAACAAUUUAAAUAAGUUUUUCUGUGGCACAUUGCAGACAUGGAGGAGACCGAGGUUAAGGAGGAAAAUGGGGAAAAUACAGUAAAAAAGGUUGAAAGAACUAUCCUGGACAUUUUCCGCAAGUUAAUCAACCCCCACGAGAAUGUUCGAGUGAAAGCCGGCUCCUCUCUACUCAAUUACUUGGUGAAAACUGCGAAAAACUCCGAGGGCCAAGCUGAGCUGAAAUACGCACUUGCGAGGCUGGUUAGGGGGCUGGGGUCCCCAACCUUCGUAGCUAGAGCUGGAUAUUACAGCACGUUGGUGGCCUUGUUGAACUUGAGGCAGGACAUCAAUCCCAGCGAUAUAUUAGAUCUGGUGGAGACCGAGCUGCACACCUCAAGGAAAAAUAGCGAUGCGGAAAAUGCGGAUAUAAGGUCGGGGCAGAUUCUGGCCUUUGGGGCGGCAGCCCGCACUGAUCUAUGGAAGAGAGCCAGCUCCAAACAAAAAGAGGAUCUGCUGAACCUUGUGCUUACAGCCGCCAAAGAGCGCGUGUAUUUGGGGCUGUUUGCGUACAGCUUUAUCGUCGAUCUUGUUGCCGCGGACCCUGCUAUCAGGGGCGACGCAGUUUUCUCGAACAGAUUACGGGAGGAAGGGCUCAAGCCCUGGGCAGAACAGACCCUGGACUCACUCUACUUGGUCUUGAGCCUCAAACUGUUAAAUCCGGCACUGUUCUCCAAGAAGCAUAUAGCCGAGGGUUUAGGCACCCGCGAAAUAAUUUGCCCGGACAGUUUGGAGCCCUUAUGCAAGAUCCUCAUGACCAUUCCGCGAGUGACCUCUUUGAAGCAUCCAGCAUUUGAAGCGGUAGUGAAGCUUCUCACUCCUGAUGUAACCAGCAGUUUUUUCGACGAAUUGGACAAACACCUCAAAACGCCCAACCGCAACCGACUGCUGGUGUUUAUCAAAAUAAUGACCAUCACGCUGCGCCAGCCGCAGUUGCUCAACCACACCGCCGAUUUAUUUACGGACAACCUCAUUCGGCAACUCCUGGGCUACUUCCGGACCUUCAAGGGCAACCAGAAAGACAACGAGUAUCGGGAAGCUGUCCAGAAAAUGUUCCAGACGCUUAUUGAAGCAUUCCAGGAAAAGCACGCUACUUCUGCCCUGAAAAUAGCCGUAAUCAGGAAGUUCCUGUUUAACCCGGGCACGUUUGUGUUUGAAAAAGUGACGAAAAGCAAAGUGGUCCAGCAAAUCACGCAGAGUCUGGACGCGGAGGGAGUUAAAGAGCUGGCAGCCGUCUACAAGGGAGUGGUGGAUGGGACCGAGAGCAUCAACUCUGAGAAUGAAAGUGAAACGUGGCUGAACAACGACCGGCUGUACAGCGCCCACUUGCUCAUCAAGCUGCUCAACUUGCCCACCAUGAAGCUCGAGAGCGACUGGAAGGUAGAACAGCUCACUUUCCUACUGGAGAUUUCCUUGCUGAAGGGAACCAACGGCAUGAAUGUUGGACGCGAACUAGCCGAGUCCCUUAAAGCCGCCUUCUACGGGGCCUUGGACCUGAAGCUGUCCAAGCUAGAGGAGCUUCAGUCGAUCCUGCUGAAGCUGGCCCAGCAUUUGAGCGCGAAAAUCAACGAGGAAAACCUGGAAACCGAGUUGAGAAACCCCAUAUCUUCGGAAACAUUCCAGCUGUGGCAAACAACCAUGAAAAAGGUGGAGAAGAUCGAGAACAGGCAGAAAAAGGGCGGCAUCAAGGCCGUCUUUUUGACGCUGUUCCUGCACAUGGGGCUGCAACUGUUCAACGAUGUUCAACUGGCCAGCGACUCGCUCAAAGAGCUGUUUAGUUGCUACGACAGGGUGAAGAAGGAUAAAAAGGCGCAACCUGCCGCCGAGUCGGAAGACGACCCUUAUUGGACGGAAGUCGUCGUCGAUCUCUUCCUAAACCUGCUCUCGCACAACUCCCACCUACUCCGGAGCAUCAUCAGCAGCGUAUUCCCUCAUUUGUGCACCUAUAUGAACUCCACCACCAUUCACCAAAUCGUCAGCGUUUUGGACCCGACCAACGACGAAAACCCCCUGUCAAAAACCGUGGACAGCGACUCUGAAGAGUCCGAAGCGGAGGAGGCUGAGGAUGAGGAGGACGAGGUAGAUGAACAGUCAAACGACUCAAAUUCUGAGCCCGAGAGCGAAUCGGAAGAAGACGGGGAACCGGAGUCUGCAACGGACCGACUGCGAAUGGCGCUGCAUCAAGUGCUGACCAACGACGACAACGAAAGUGUAGACUUGGACGACAUGAGCGACACUGAAGGGGAGCGCUUGGACCAGGCGCUAGGCGAAGCUUUCCGGGAAUUCCGCCCAAACCGCGGCCGAAGGAAAAAGCAGAGCAAAGAUCAGGAAACGCUCACGCAUUUCCGCAUUCGAGUGCUGGAUCUGAUAGAAAUAUACCUGAACUCCAGCCCCUCCAUGCUGCUCACCUUGGAGAUCAUGCUGCCGCUGUUGCAGUCGGUGGAGUUCAGCAUACGCGACGAGCACCAGAAGCCGCUAAACGACCGGCUGCGCAGCGUGCUCAAGAAGCUGCUGGGCCUCAAAAAGUUCGACAACAUUGAGGGCGUUGAUCACACCAUCCUGGCGGACCUCUUCAAAAGCCUGUUGGACAAGGGCAGCAAAAACGCGCUCAUUGUGCAGGAAAUGGGGGAGCAAAUUUCGCAGUGUUGCAUUUUCGUUAUCAAGUGCUCGCAAAUUCUGGGUGCUGCCUGCAAAGGGGCGAAACGCCUCAGGGCGGCGAUUCUGGAAGUGGUCAGUGGGGAGCUGCAAAGCUUCCUCACCAGACGCGACUGCCUCACCCCCUACGUGCUCUUCAAGAACAUCCUGCAACAAUGCUGGGAGGGAAACAUUGGCCUCGCCAUCAUCUUGCAGGAGCUCUUAUUCAGCGCGGACGUCAGACAGUACCAAAAGAACCAAGUGGCCGAGCUGUUGAAGCUCUUCUACUCCAACCAGCGGUUCUUCAGCCAGUUCCAGGCCAAAGUGGAGCGCAAAAUGGCCGAGGCGCAUCAGCACUUCUCCUCCAGCAUAGUGGAGUACUUCCAGGGCCUGUGCGAGAACCCGGAAAACCGCAACGUUAAGGAGCGGUUCAUCUGUAAUUUGUUCCAUCUACUCGCCGCCAUGAAGCAAAGCCCUCUGGAGCUGAGUGAGGUUUCUUGGCCGGAAAUCGCCCAUCAAGUAACUGAGUACCGAAGUUACAAGUCGUUUUCCAGUGACGCCAAGUUGGCUUUCAAGAAGCUGUGCAAACUGCUCAAUAUCUCCAACGUGGUGCCCAUGAAGCCGCACGUCACCAAGCUGCCCGCCCUCAUUGAGGAGAAAAAUGAUAGCGACGACCAAGAGGAGGAACCAAAGGAGCGCAGGAAGAAGCGGAAGCGCAAAAGCAACGAAACUCUCAAGCUGAGGAAGGAGGCCAAGCAGUUGAGGUUGGAGAGCUUGAGCAAGGGGUUGGAGCACGCGGCGGAGUUUGCCAACUCAGUGGAGGAGGAGGUUAAGGACGUGGAGCCCCAGGAAGCUGAGGAGAGCGACCAAGAGGCCACCACACCGAGCCCUAAAAAAAUCGGCAAAAGCAAUCGGCACAGCAUAGCAGUAAACGGCAACCGGGACUCUCCAAAGAGGAUCAAAAAGAAGCGCAAACUUAGUGAGUAAUUUAGAGGAAGUCUGUUUUUACUUAAUAAAAAUACAAAAAAUU